UGGUUCCAACCGUCCAUCCGCCGGGGAGGGGGAGGCAGGAGGCGGGGGUGAGCUGUUGAAUGACGGCCGUAGCUCUGUUGACACUUCGGAGCCUAGACAGCCUCUUGGAACCACACGGGCCUACCUAUUUCACACCGUGUGAAGACACCGGAUAGGAGACGAGGGCCGCCUCGCCGUUUCUUUCAUCACCGGGGGGAUGUGGCGCACCGUGCCCGGGCGGCGUGACAGCACGGAGCGGAGUCGAGGCUGAACGGACGCCUUCACAGGUUGAUGAUCCGUGUUUGGCACCGAGCAGGGAAGGCAGCAAAAGUAAAUACAUGGUUUAAGUCUCCAUAGGCUGCCGCUAGAUACACGGGCUUACAUUUUAAAGGAGAAAAUAGGCGGCGCCUGCGAUUUCCUGGAAAAAUACAGACCUCCGACCAGAAUGAGACAUUUAACAUCUGCAGGUUUAUUCGGUAAAGUUGGCGCUCAGACUUUGGCUACAAGCAGCGUGUAGGAGGCUUGUCUGUCACCAAGGGACGGUCUGCCUCGCACAUUUUGACAGAUAGCCAAUCAAAUCUGCUAUUCAAAUCGGUCCCGCUUAUGUCAGUGACCUAUAUCUCAUGCAUGUACGCCAAGAGUCCACAGUAAACUCUCCGCCAGACCACACAGCAUGGGGAUCAACGGUGUAGACAAUCAGCCGUCCAGCGGAGUUUCCCUGACGGAGCAGCCGGCUGCGGAUCCUCAGAUGGAGCAGAGAGAUGCUCCCCAGCAAGCAGACGGGUGCAAGGAUGACCAGGCGGCUGGCAGCGAGUGUAAAGUGGUGCGUGAGGACAGCGACGUGCAGCUGAUCGAGGCCGGGUGCAAGCCGCCCCUCUCCCCGUCGCCGGUUUCUGACUCUGAGGCGGGGGUCCAGGUGGACACGCACGGCCACCACGGAGCCGGAUUCGUCCCGCCCGAGGGGGGCUACGGCUGGCUGGUGGUGUUCGCAGCCACCUGGUGCAACGGGUCGAUCUUCGGCAUUCAGAACUCCUUCGGCAUCCUGCAUUUGAUGCUGGUGAAGGAACACGCGAACCCGGACGACAAGACGUCCCAGUUCAAAGUGGCCUGGGUCGGAGCCCUGGCCAUGGGCAUGAUCUUCUUCUGUUCACCUGUGGUCAGCAUGUUCACAGACCGCUUUGGCUGUAGGAAGACAGCUGUGGGCGGCGCGACGCUGGCUUUUAUAGGGCUGCUCAGUACAUCCUUUGCAAACUCCCUGGGCCUUCGCUACUUCACAUAUGGCAUACUGUUUGGCUGUGGCUCCUCCUUUGCCUUCCAGCCCACGUUGGUCAUCCUUGGCCACUACUUCCGCCAGCGCCUGGGCCUAGCCAAUGGUGUGGUAACGGCCGGCGCCAGUCUGUUUUCCAUGGGCCUCCCGGUUCUUCUCAACAAGGUGGUGGAACCUCUAGGCCUCAGCAGGACCUUCCAGAUCCUCAGCCUCUUCAUGCUGGUCCAGGCCCUGCUGGCGCUGCUGUUUAAACCUUUACUGCCUGCUGGAGGAGGCAUGGGACCACCAGGCAUGGGUCCAGGCCCUGCAAAUCCCCAAAUCCAGUCAGGGGCCACAGCUCAGGGCGGGAACAGGUGGAGCAGGUUCCUGGCUGGGGUCAGGAAGUACUUCAACCUGCGUGUUUUUCACAUUGUGACAUACCGGGUGUGGGCGUUUGGAGUAGCCACAGCUGUACUGGGCUACUUUGUGCCAUACGUUCAUCUGAUGAACUUUGUAGAGAAGCAGUUUAAGGACAACCAGAAGGACUGGGUGUUACUGGUUUGCAUAGGCGCCUCAUCUGGGGUGGGACGCCUCGCUUUUGGUAAGAUCGGUGACCUCAUUCCCGGUCUUCAUAAGAUCUACAUGCAGGUGGUGUCCUUCAUUGCUCUGGGCCUGAUGUCCAUGCUGAUUCCUCAGUGCUCGGUGUUCGAGGGGCUGGUGGUCGUGUGCGUGUUCUUGGGGCUGUGCGACGGCUGCUUCCUCACCAUGAUGGCCCCCAUAGCGUUCGAGCUGGUUGGGCCCAUGCAAGCCUCGCAGGCCAUUGGGUACCUUCUAGGCCUUAUGUCUCUUCCCAUGACAGCAGGUCCACCUAUCGCCGGUCUCCUACAUGAUUACUUUGGGAACUACACGGUGGCCUUCUCCCUGGCUGGGGUUCCACCUAUGGUGGGGGGCGUGGUGCUGUUCUUUGUGCCCCUGAUCCACCGCAGGCUCCAGCGAGGCCAGGCGUCACCGGAGGAGACGUCCACAACCGCCCACAUGCUGCCCUGCACCCAACCGGCGGAGGAGCCCAAGAGCUGCUCCAACGGAGACAUCCUGCCCGGCUACACCGACGUGGAGACGCAUAUUUGAGUCGCACCGUACAAAGGGAUUCAGCCCACCAGCACCUUUUUUCUGAUCCUUAGAUUGCCCUCCUCUCCAACCAUGGACUUCCCGUUGGCUGACCUUUAACCAUCUCACCCUCCUGGACUCUCAUUGCUGUGUAUUUUCAUGUGGAGAGAAAUCGACGAUAGGAGCGCUCUUGGCUUCAUAAGCCGCAGAGAGGACGAACAGAAGGCACAUCAGCAUAGGAUGAUGGACACGAGUGCGAGGAGGAUAAGCACAACAGUCUCAACCAGGAUGGUUUUUACCCGUGGUGACUCUGUAGUAACACAUACCUCCAAGAGGAACGAAAUGAAGAGAGUUUAACUGACAGUCGUAGUUUAUGAUUUCACAGAUUCGAUUUCGCCACCCUAGCUCGUUGAAGCUGUGAAAAAUAAUGUGCUUUAUACUUAGAUUCCACGUAAAGAAAUUGUUAGAAGAAGAGGCAUGUCAAGUAAGAGUUAAUGAAGGGAUGAUUUCACUUUCUUAAUGUAGUACCUCAUGCAUCUACAUUUUUUAACAUAGUGCAACAUUAUUUAGUUCGUACGGUCUCAUCUCGAGUGAUUUUGCAGGUUUUAAUUUUUUUUUUCUUUUCUGCUGUUUUCCGGCUGCGACUGAGAAACGAGCACGCCUGUCGUAAAUGUCACCGGAGGCAGCAGACAGUUGUUCUUGAGAGAGAGAUCAGCCACCAGACACAAUCACCUCAACUCAGCCGCACACUGUAGCGUACCACACGGAACGCACACCCCAGGGUCCAAAAAAGCUUCAUGGCUUCAGCUUUUCCACCAGCCCGCCUGCACGGGAGACAGAUGUGCGACUGUUGCAGUUGCUGAUUCAACCGAUUCGAGUGCCAUGAACUGGAGAGUGUUACUUGUUUUAUUUUCCACAGUCUUAACAUACACCAGGUCAGGGACUCUGCAGCUUGUGGUUCUUAUAAUAUAUGCAGUAUAGGACCUUGUCCACAAAUAUAUGGAUAUUUAUACUCUUUAUUUUUUAGUCUCUUGAUCACAUGCAAAUUGUGUUUUGUGUAAUGGACAUGCGUAUAAAACCACAAACGCGGCAGACAUCUGGUUGUUUGACGAACACAAAUAUAAGUUUGUUGUUUGCACUGCCAGGUCUAAUUAUAAGUUUACUACUUCGCUUUUCUCUGGUCUUGGAUCAUUUUAAUUCAAAUUGAAAAAGCUCAGUGCACACGGUGUGUUUGGUUUACCGCGAAAAGUUGGAUGUUGGAAGUUGGAGAUUGGAAUGAAAUCAUACAGGAGUUGACUGCUUUUCAGCACAACAAAUGGGAAUACCAGUUCUAACCAGGUUAGCAAUGCCAGCUGAUAGCGUUUCACUUCACGUUAUCUUGCACAUUAAAAACAUCAGAGCAACAUGUCCACAGAUAGAAGCUGGCCAGAACUGUGUCUAAGACUGAUUUAAUGAGGCACAGAUGAGACAGAAGGGCUCAUAAACAACAUAUCCUACAGCUUUCAAAGAUGUUGAUAAGCGAGGUGGGUGGAUUUUGUUUUGUCGGGUUUUGUGAGGUGCAAGUCAGAAAGCUGACGCGAAGCCAUGUAAAGGCCCAAAUAUAUAUAUUUAAACAGAAAACACUUGUAGGUUACUACUACUGCUCCCUCUCUCCUCUCUCAACAUGUUUCCUGUCACUCUUUGGAGCUGCACUAUCCAAUUAAAGCCAUUAAAAGUGCCAACGAAUAGAAAAAUAUCCGUAUACAUGUGGACAAGCCCAAAAUUAGUGGCAGUGAGAAUCUUAAAUCUAGAGUUGACACAAGUCUGUUCAACCUUAACUGUCCGCAUUCAGCAAAAAUCUACAGUUUUUAUCGUCCUUUAAAGGUUUAGGAGGGUGCUAGGAAAAUCCACAUGAACUGUGUUUGUUACAGCUUUGAAAAAAAUCAUUCAGAAUAGUUUUUUUUUGUAGCGUGCACACUGUGAACAAGAGUCCUGACAGGAGAUAGACGGCUGGUGGUAGCAUAGGUUUUGUUUUUUUGUUUUUUUUUUUUCUCAGUUACAGUAAAAGAGGCAUUCUGUAUCAUUCAAUUACAACUUUUCCUCCGUGUGCUGCACACAGUUACGUAAUAUGGAACCACUUUGUUACAGUCUGUCGAUGAAUGGGGGGCUACUGAAAUGAAUGCUGCCAAAUGAACCUGAGCCCCCUCGCCAGGUCAUCUCACAGAUAAUCAGUUUGCUGCUUUAGUUUAGCUCGACGUCGCGAGGGCCGCGCGCUCACCGCGUCGGCGGUGAUGAGUCAAAAACGCCGCAGCCUCCCUCGAGAGGGCACAGCACGCAGUUAUUACUUCUCAUGAGCAUUUAGACCACUUACCUCUGACUGCAAGUUCUCUGGAACAAUGAACUUAGAUGAACAGAUGUGAAGUAGAGCUGCAAUAAUCGACUGUUUGGAGUCACCCUCUUUGGUUAUAUGCAUUCACUGAGAAGCAGAGGAAGAAACCGCUCUCUGUCCGACCCCCUCUUUUGCUGUCACUGCCAUUAUUCAGUUGUUUUUCCGUGUUACAACGCGUUAGAGCCUGAGAACUACACAAACCUCACUGCUGGGUGUAGUUUUGUUGGUGGUGGUGGGCGGGGGGGGGUUAUGCUAUAGGAAAAAUACGGUUCUGAUAGGAAAACAUGCACCAAUACCUCAGUAAUCAAACAAUCCUCAAUCCAGCGGGACCUGUUGUUGACAUCCUUCAUCGCUUCAUAGCGUCACUCUUCUGUGUCGUUGCUUGUUACAACGCUGCCAAACGCCUGUUUAUUUCAAUCAGCAUCGCUUCCUACAAAAAAAACCCCUCAUCAUUGUCAGUUUCAGGCGAUCAGUGGAAAACGCCAAACUUCCGUUCCGUUUAAUCAAACAUGCAGUGCGAUUAGUUCUGAGAUUUUUAGUUUUUGCCUUCACAUCCGUUUGCUUCUUUUUGAUUCCUCUCCAUUCCGCUACCAACACGAUAUCAUCUUCGUCUUCUCUUCGUCGCAACAUCGUGGGUUUUUUUGUUUUUUUUAAUGUCUGUGAUUGAACAAAUGCAGAUAUGUUAAAUGUCUAAAAUAAAAAAAUAUGUCAAGAUAAAAAGAGACACUAAAGCGUAAGCAGUGGAGAUCCAUACAGCGGUUAAGGCACGUUUGAAGAGCAGGAACACCGGCCUCUAGUUUGACUGAGAGAGUGUUGAAUUAUGGGCUGUGUGAGUCGUCCACGUACCAGCCACUGAACAUGGAGAUCCUGCACAGUAAUCCAAGCAAGCUCAAAUAGAUGUAAAAGUGACUAAUUUUGCUGUAUUUUUUUAAUCAUUAACCCAAACAGUACCUUCCUGCCUAAAAACAAACAAACAAACAAACAAACAAAAAAACACGGCUGACUGUGAAAUGUAUUUAACGUAUUUUGUGUUGUGACGUCGCUGCAGGAGAAUCUUCCCACGAAACUGCAGAAGUUCAUGCAGAAGGGCUCGUGUCCUGCUGACGUGAGAUCCUGCUUGCAGUGGCGAGCGUCGCAGACAAGUUGCACUAGUCAAACUAGAGGCCCGUGUCGCUAGAAGUCCCGCAAUCUUGAAAGUGAACGAGUGAAUUGAAGCUACUACUACUGUCACGCUCUGGCAGACAUAUUGGAGGUCCUCGCGGGGCUCGAGGACAAAACGCAUCUUGUCUCGACAAAAUGUACUGGAGUUGUUUUGUUUUUGACUGUGAACUUUUAUUUUUCCUUUAAGGAUUAUUCGUGUUGAAAGUAGCGUCACCCUGUUAGCUCAAAGCCUGAACCGCAGCAGUUUUAAAAAAAACAAAUCUGCCUUAUAGUUACUAAACAGCUGCGACACACCAUAACGUGAUCUGAUCAGAGUUACGAGAUCUGAGACACAACAGCAAAGCUUGUAUAGUGAACUUUCCAGAUCUUAAUGUGACACAUUUUUUUAAAAAAAGUCUCUUUUCUUUCCUUCGAUGUGAUUGUUGUCGAUACCUGGAUCUUUCCUAGCUUCGUUUCUCUCUUGCUCGGUUUCUGCUCAAAAGCAGCUGAGUACUCCUUUGUACUGGAGAUCCGUAUCAACGUAUGUACUUUAUACACUUUGUAAUGAUUUUUAAUUAACCGUAAACUGUUUUUUAUCGUCUUAAUUUUGUUUUUGAUAAAUGUUUUGUUUUUAAUCUUAUUUGUUGGUGUCUUUCGUGAUACAUUUCAAUGACUACUGGAAAAAGAAGCGACGAAAAGUGCUGCAGAGGUCAGAUCUGAAGUGAUGUACAGAAAUGAAGGAGCUGAUUGAAUGAAGAAUGAUACCGUGACAUCUGGAUGGUUCUGUGCUGUGAUCUGAACCAGUGUCUGGCUUGCCAAAGUCUUUCAUCUAUGCAGCGUCGUUUUCGGGCUCGCAGUCCUCUUCCUGCGACCGCUUCGCUCUUCUGAACACGUCAAAACUCUAAAUGAUAAACCCGCAGUAGAGCCUCUUAACCAUGAACUACUAACAAGACUACCUGUGUUAUUGUUUUUUUUUUUUUAUAAUCAGGAGGGUUUUGGGGGGCUGUUGUUUGGCUUUUUAAUUGUUUUACCUGACAGUCACACUGGUGAAAGCUUAAAGGAGACCUAUUAUGCUAUUUCACUUUUCCCCCUUCGUUUAGUAUUAAAAGUUAAAAAGGUCAAAGUCGGCAGAGGCAGAACUUCCUCCGUCCCACAGAAAACACAGCUCCCUGAAACCUCGUCAGUAGUCCCGCCUUUCUUUCCGUGACUUUGCGACAUCACCCUCGUGUCACCGUGUCACACACAUUUGUUUGAUUUAGCUGCUCUGUUGCCAGGUCAGGAGGAGACGGGAGCAAAAACAAUGUUAGCGGCAGACAGACAGCGGCAGAAUACUGGACAGUGAGAAAUCUGAUGUGUUUUAUGAGCACUAAAGCCACGAAAAUGAGCAUAAUAUGUCUCCUUUAACAUGCCUCCCCUGUGUUUUUGCUUUUCUUAACCUAUCGGUGCUCGCAUGCAUUAUUCAGCGCGCAGGUCGGAGCUGCAGAGAGGCAUGAGCUCAUGAAUAAAGACCGACAGGCUGAUAUUUAUCAGCGUUUUAAAAUGUGGCGAAAUGAAGCCAGCAGGCGCUGUUUCACUCUUGG